AUGGAUAACAAGACUUGUGAUAACAAAUUUGCGGUCACAAAGUCUGCUGAAGAGAUCGAGAAUGAGUCAGAAGUUAAAGCCAUCAAAGAGGAGGUCAAGACUAUUAUCACCAAAUGUCCACAAAUACAGCAAAUCAGUUCAAUUUCAUUCAAAGAUAGUGAAUUUGCCACUCAACAGUCCAAACCAAUGGUCAGAUGCGUUCAUAACAUCUCAAUCGACGACCUCAUCCGACACGUGAUUCACAAGCGAUGGAAACUAAUGGUACCGCGGAUUGUGGUGUUCAUGGCGGCGGAGAACACGAAUAUGUGGUUAAUAGCGAACGGUGUGGACAUGGGGUCGACCACUAUGAUAGGCGAUGCGGUCAGGGAUUACGUGACUGAAGCCAAGUAUAAGAAAGGCGUUGAAUAUGAGAAGUCGUUCUCGAAAUUCAAUUUCAUUGGUAUUGCAGACGAAGAGAUGUUGAAAUACUCGCAGACAAUCGUUUCCAGUCAAGAGCCAACAAUUAUGGUCUCAACCGGACCGGAGAGUCGAGUGAAGCCAGAAAAGUAUGAACUCAACCAAAAUCUCACACAUUAUAUACUCAUCAAAGACGAGACCACCAAUAAGUCGGGCGUCAAUUCAUUUCUCAUUAAAUUAAUCACAUUUUUGGCCCAAAAUCAAAGUCAAACGCUUAAAGCGAAACAGAAGCUCAUGGAUGGACAGACAGAUGAUGACAAAGACUUGGUGUCUAUCGAGAGAAAUGAAAUCCCCGUCGUUUCCAUUGUAAUCAAAGGCGGAUAUAAUAGCUCUCGACUUGUAUUACAACAAAUCAAAAACAGUUUGCCUGUUGUUGUGCUGCGAGGGUCGGGAGGUUUGGCUGAUCUGUUGGCGUUUGUUGACAACGAAAUCCGUGACCGAUGUAUGAAUGUAUGGAACGCCGAUUUUGUCGAGACAUACCUCAAAGACCCUACAUUUGUAUUAAGCAGUCAGAAGAGACUGUUUGAAAACUCACUCCUACGGACCAAUUGUAUAGAUUUUGUGGAUCUGUUUUUGUCGCAAAAAUUCAAAAUCCGGACAUUCAUUACACCGAAACGUGUGAAGCGAUUGUUCCGUAAAAUUCAUUCGCGAGAGACGGUGUGUUGGGAGACAAUACUCGGCCGAUCGCCCGAUGAGAGACAGAGCAGUAAAACAUUUAUAAACCGUGAGCUCAAUUGGUUGGCGGAGGCGAGCGCAGGGGUCUCCAACUUCUUGGAAGAGGAUGAGCUCGACAUGUAUGUCACCCAACAGUUCAUAUGCUCAGAGAAAGUGGCCGAAAAAAAAUCCCUCUUAUUGUUGGUGUUGUGGGCAGUCCUCGACUUUCGUAAGGAUUUGGUGGCGCAAAAAACCGCGACAAUGCUGGCCGACAGCACCAUACAGUUCGAAGACGGCCUCAAGAAUGAGUUGAAAGAAGAGUCCCAACAGUUCGUCACAUUUGCGUCCAAUGUAUUAGACAUUUGCUAUAAAGACUCAUUCGUGAGGACGAGUCAUGUGCUCAACGAGUCUUCCAAAGAGUAUAGUUUCAAACGUCCGCUAGAUUUAGCUGCUUUUGGUCGCUUUCGACAAUUCUUUACACAUCCGUCGUGUCAGAGAUGGCUAACCGAUAAAUUCUACGGAAAUAUAUCGGUUCGUGAGCUCAGGAUCAAUUGCUUUCGUUUGCCAACACUCAUGAAACUGUUGCUCAGCGCCUACCUCCUGUUCCCCAUCUACUUCUGGGUACGACUACCGAAUUAUGAGGGGGAGGCUGUGAUCGGUGAAGAGGAUUCAGAGGAUGAGGACGAAGAGGUGGUUACCGGCCAUAGACUCAGUAAUAGUCAUCAAAACUUAGCCAAUCAUACGAAAAAUCUGAAUGAUUUGGACACCAGUUCCGCGUCUGGCGUGAGCACUGACUCCAACGACUCGAGUGAAGACAAGAGGACAACUGGUGCCGAGAACUCCAUUCAUAAGAAAAAUACUGCAAAUAAAUGGAAAAGUAAUAUAAAACCCGAGAUUAAAACGUUCAGUACUGAGAGCAUUAUGGAAAAGCUGGUCCUCUAUCACCGACAGCCGCCCAUUUGGCUACUGAUCUACGAGUGCACCUCCCGUGGGUAUAAGUCACACCGACACGACAUGGGGGCCACGCCUUUGAACAUAAACCUAAAUCACCAGCGGUUUUGGACGGCACUCAUCAUUGUUGACGACAUACGACAGGCAUAUAUAAUGAACAAACUGAUGGCCAAUGUGUCGCUCACGUUCCGGACCUUAGAGAUUGGAUUUAAAUUGUUUUUUCUAAUCAUUUAUACAACCGAUCGGGUCAUGACUGGCAAUGAAUCCCCGUUUCUUACGCCGUACGGCGAAAAGAUUUUACUGUCUUUGGCUCUACUCCACGCCUAUUACAUACUGAAGUUGUGUAAAACCACUACUAAUCAAAGCCUCAAGGCUUUCUUCUCACUUCUGUUAACUCCGAUAGACGAGGCGCGGGUGAACACGACGUGCGACAGUAACUAUAUGCGCAACACUGGCAACCAUACAAUGGACGUUCCCGGCCGUUGUUACGCCAGCUCUUACAGUCUCGAAGAAUGUCGAUCCCCUGGGGUUUGGUCCUGGAUCUUUUUUAUCACAUACUUCCUACUAUUAAAGAUUAUUCUCAAUGCACUGUUGUUCGCCAUAUUCGCCGCAAGCUCUUCACGACUCGCCGCAGACACGGACACCAUCUGGAAGUUCCAGCGCUACGGACUGGUCAUGGAAUUCACGAACCGGACCCCUUUGCCGCCUCCACUCAACUUCUUUUACUACUGCUAUUGGAUGUCUAAAUGGUUUGAGUUUCGCAAACAUCUGGCCGAAGACGACUACACAUACUUUAGACUACUGGCCACUCAGAUAUACGACGAACACCGCAACCAUAUGAGCGCCGAAACGAUGGCAUCCAAUCAAUACGACCACAUUCUGGCCAACAGUAUGGAAAUGGAGGUCCAGAGGCGAGAACUGAGACAAUUGAAGGGCAAACAGGCGGAGAUGGAGAGACUGUUGCGCCAGACUUCAGUCAAUUUGGAGUAUUUCAAGCAUUUCAUCGCUAAGAAGACGGGAAUGGAUUUAAGCUCCGGUGGCGGCCCUAAAAAAUUGGUUCACAUAUUCUCUCGCCAGUCGCCAUACCCUAACACAACUGUCCACCGCUAUCCCGUAUCCGACAAAUAUGUCUCGUGGGAUGUAAUGUGGGUGGACUACGACCCCAUUGCGUACACCAAACCCAGACAAGAGUUUGGCCUUUCAUUUGAAGAGUUAGCUGAUGAGGACAUACUGGCCCUUCAGGUGAAAAAGUUGGAGAACCCUUCAAUACAGCUACCGGUGUAUGAAUGGAACAGAGCGUCGACCAACGCGGCCGGCAUUUCAGUGGACCGCCAAUCGUGGGAAAUAUGUGACGACCAGAAUAUAAUCUACAAAUUGGAUAACGGAAUACCUGUCAACCCAUUCGGCAGAACUGGACUCAGAGGAAAGGGCGCUCUAUUGAGAUGGGGUCCCAAUCACUACGUUAUGCUCGUUAUAACGCGUAUAAAAGACAAUGAAUUGGAAGUAUUGGCGGAAAAGUUACAUGGUGUGUUUAAUAAGGUGGCACUACCGGUGUGCUUCAUAGGGCGUGAGAUGACAUACACUGGACUGGAGACCCUCUUUCGUACUGCAGAUUCGGAACACAAGAAUUGGAAGGAAUCCGAGAAAAUGGUUAAUUGGUUUCAAUCAUUCAGACAACAAAACACCAAUAAAGACCCUAAGAGUGACACUAAGAAUGAUAUCUUUAAAUGCGAGCGACUUAUGAAAGGCUACUUCGAUGACCCCCUGAACACAGACCAGGCCUGGAAGGAAAUGGAGUUGUGGCACAUCCACUACACCACUGCCAGCCCCGCAUUUAACGAUCACAUUCUCGAUGGACUCGAGUGGCGCGAAGUGUCUGAAAGUUUCUUCUCUCUCCUAUCCAUCAGCCAAUCAAAUGUCAUCCAAGAGAUUGUCGACAAACUUAAAAUCAACAUCCGUUAG